AUGUCUGCUCCUCCCCCACCCGCAAACGGCUCCGCUUCGAGCAACGGACACAGCCAGCCAUCGCUCGUAGACGUCGCCAUCAUCGGCGCAGGACCAGCAGGAUGCAUGGCGGCGGACGUCCUCUCGCGCUUCUCGGCCCGCGGGCUGACCGUGCGAGUAUUCGACAAGCGCAGUGCAAAGCUCGACAACGGACAAGCCGAUGGACUCAACUCGCGCACGCUCGAGAUCUUCGAGAGUCUCGGCUUCAUCGAGAACAUCGAGAAGGAGGGCUCGCGGAUGAGCGAGAUCAACUUCUGGAACCCGUGCCACGAGACUGGCAGGCUCAUCCGGACAGCCAAGAUUCCCGACACGAUCCCCGGACUCUCCCGCUUCCAGCAGACCAUCUUGCAUCAAGGCCGUGUCGAAGCGAACUUGCUCGAGGAUGCUCUCAAACACUCAAACGGCACCAUCGCCCCGGAGCGCUCAAUGCUGCCCGAAUCCCUCUCCAUCGACGAGUCGCUCGUGACAGACCACGAUUCUCACCCUAUCACCCUCCAAGUCCGCCACCUGUCCGAGGACGAGUCGAACCCUGAUGCGUACAAGGGUGACGAGAAGGGCGUCAGGAGCGGGUUGUUCAGGAGUUCGUUGUUGUCGGCUGCGGAGGAAGAGGCGCUCUACAAGAAGGGCGAGAAGGCCCAGCGCGUCGAGACCGUCAAGGCCCGUUACCUCAUCGGCUGCGACGGCGCACACUCCUGGACCCGUCGCCAACUCGGCGUCAAGAUGCUCGGUGACCAGACCAACUUCGUUUGGGGUGUGCUCGACCUCGUUCCUCGCACCAACUUCCCCGACAUCCGCAUGCGCUGCGCGAUCCACUCCGCCAACGCCGGCUCUAUCAUGAUCAUCCCUCAAGAGCGCGAUCUCGUCCGCCUGUACAUCCAGCUCCCGAUCCAGGUCAAGCCGGGAGCCUACCUUGAUAAGUCCAAGGUCACGCCCGACUCGAUCCUCGACACGGCGAGGAAGAUCUUGCACCCUUACACGCUUGACUACGAGCACAUCGACUGGUUCACUGGCUAUCACAUCGGCCAGCGCCUCACCGAGUCGUUCGGCGCUCACAACCGCGUUUUCCUCGCCGGCGACGCCUGCCACACCCACUCGCCCAAAGCGGGCCAGGGCAUGAACACGUCGAUGCAGGACACUUGGAACUUGUGCUGGAAGCUCGGCUCCGUGGCGACCGGUCUCGCCAAGCCCGAACUCCUCCAGACCUACUCGGACGAACGCCAGGUCGUCGCCAAGACCCUCAUCGACUUUGACACCAAGUUCUCCAAGCUCUUCUCCGGCAAGCCCGCUAGCGCAACGGAUGUUGACGAGGGCGUCGACUUGAAGGAGUUCAAGGAUGUGUUCGCGACUGGCAACCUCUUCGCGGCCGGCAUGUCGAUCAACUACGCCGACUCGAUCGUCGUCGGCAAGGACGGCUCGCGCGGCGCCGUUACAUCAAAGCAGCACCUCGCCUCGAAGCUUCCGGUCGGCGAACGCUUCUACUCGGCGCAGGUCGUCAACCAGGCUUCCGCCACGGCCGACGAGCUCACGACCCGCAUCCCUUUCACCGGCGCCUUCCGCCUGCUCGUCUUCCCUGGCGAUAUCUCCAAGCCCGCGGCGAAGGAGCGGUUGCAGAAGCUCGCCGACUACCUCGACUCGCCGGAGAGCGUUGUCAGCAAGUACACGCCCGGCGACUUGCCGCGGUGGGCCGUCAUCGACCCUGUCACUAUUCACUGCGCCGAGCGAACGGAGGUCGAACUUUACGACUUCCCUCAGCCGUCGAUCUUCCACCCUCACAACUACAAGCGUAUCUACUGCGACGGACCAUCGCACCACCGCGGCGAUGGCAAGGCGUACGAGACGUACGGCAUCUCGAAGGAGGAGGGCGCGAUCGUCGUCGUCCGACCUGACCAAUACACCGGCCUUGUCGUCGGUCUCGAGGACACCGACAUGCUCGACGCCUACUUCGCGCAGUUCAUGCAGCCCGCAAAGGACGGCGGCUACCCCGGCGCGAAGGUUACCAAGGUCCUCCCGCCCGACUGGUCCAAGGUCGCUCACCAGGAGAUCGCCAAGACCCUUGCCGUUGCCGAGGUAAACGCCAUCUGA